AAAGUUUUUUCCAUUACAACAACACUGAUGGAUGAACAUAGCAUGGAUAACAUUCUCAUAUAAUUUGUGAUAUAAUCUAUAUUUUAAAAUGUCAGACCGAAUUCAUUGAAAUCUUAGCAGAUGUAUGUUUAAACAUUCUCAGAUUUUUUUACUCGCUGAAAAUUACACUGCUCAAUUAAGUUUCAAACUGUUAAAUAAAACGUAUGUACGAAUAUUGAAGUGGGUUAAUAUUAUUGCAUUACAAGUUACAUCCUAACCAUAAACUUUUGGACCGAAAUACCCCUAAGGAAUUAGUAAUUUGUCAUAUGUCUUGUCAACAAGAUGUCAGGUGACACAUUUCUAUAGACAUGUUCUACCCGGUAUUUCCCUCAAUAUUUACCACAUUUAUUCUAAAUGAAUUUUAAAAUGUGUUUUGGACUAAAAAUCGGAUGUUUUUGUUAUAUUAUAUUAUAUUCCUAUAUUGUUGCCAUUUCCUUUGCACAACAUUGGACAGCAUCAACAUUCGAUCUUCCUGUAUAUGGAAUUUAUAACAGAAAUGUACCGAGCGGAGCCACGCACAGCAAGAGCAACGAUGUGUAUUGGAAUGGCUUAGCAAAAGCCUUUCAACAGAAUCCGGAGGCAAUCAUUCAGGGUAUAGAGGAUAGCAGAGAACGAAUAAAUAACAAGCAACGCUUGUUUAGAGACCAGUAUGGGCGCCAAUUUUUAUGGGAUCCUAGAUCUGGAGCCAUUCCAGUAUUUCAGCACAAUCAUGUAGAGCAUGACAUACAAGCUAUCCCUAUUAUGUAUUACGAUAGAGUUACUGGAUAUCUAACAGGCCAUCAAUCCCGCUCAAAACUACAAUUUCUGGUACCCAAAGAAGGAUAUCUAUUGCGGCGAAAUAGUCACCAGAAAGUGGAAUGCGAUCCUAGUGUUAACCCUAUGUUAUCCUUUGAUGAUGGAGGAGAAACAAGAGACCCAUGUACGGGGCAAUAUAAGAGCAAAAACCAAGCCGAGUUCGGACUGACAGCAACUUCCGGUAUGGCAGAUGUAUUGUGCGUGUUUUGUCAACAUAUCAAAAAUUUGCAAUGUAUCUGGCAGUUUUGUUCACAUCCUGAUGGAGUGUACAAAAUAAAAGUUAGUGACAACAAAGGAUAAAUAUGAUUAUAAUUUGUUUUACAUAUAGGGAAAAGUACAAGCAUUUGAAAUAUGUAUGUAAAUACAAUCGAUACCUCUGGAUGACUUGCGACUAAAAUGGAAGUACCACUUCUCUUUUACAUGUGGAUAUCAAUUCAUGCUUUUCAGUCAAUUUUCACAAUAUUAUGAACAAGCAUCAAAGUUAAGUAUUUGUAUGCCUACUUCGUCGAUAUUUUAUAUAUAUUAUAAUUGUUACAUCCCGCUUAAGCGUUUAAGUUCAUUAGUAAGUUUGGUUUAAAAAAAUGUAUAGCAGUUAUCGGCAUAUAUCUAUAUAAGAACUAACUUAAUUUUGUUGUAAAGUGCAACUUACAAAGAAUAUUGUUGAAGACAUUCAAGUGAUUUCAAAAAAGAAAAUGAGCAAACAAAUCAUAUAUCAUUUUCUAGUAUAUAAUACUAUUGUCACCUUCCUCUUCUCAAUGCAUAUAAAAAUCCACAGCGUGAUUACAA